CGCCCGGCGCUGGCUCGCCAGCUGUUUGUAGGCCUGGGUAAAGGGUGAGGGUCCGUGGAGGGUAGGGCCGCCCGCGGCUCCGUCCGCGCUCUCACUGGACGAAGCGUCCGCCGUCUUCCGCCGCCCCUGCCUUCUGUCCAGGACCGGGCGCUGGGCGGGAGACUCCGGGGCGGCUGCCCGUGCUUCUGACUGACAAGCAGUGUUCCCACUGUCUGCUCUGCCCGCCACGUCCCCGGGUCUCGGCCGACGGCUCUGCGCGGCGGCUGACCUCUCCGAGCCCGGCGCGAUGACAGCGCCCUGCUCCCGGCUGGCCCGGCUUCCUCCGCGCCGCCGGCCGGGACUCGUGCCGUUCCCACCGCCGCGGCCGCCGCUGCCGCUGCUGCUGCUGCUGCUGCUGCUGGCGGCCGCGGGGCCGGCGCACGGCUGGGAGAGCGGAGACCUGGAGUUAUUUGACUUGGUGGAGGAGGUGCAGCUCAACUUCUACCAGUUCCUCGGGGUGCAGCAGGAUGCUUCAUCUGCAGACAUUAGAAAAGCAUAUCGUAAGCUUUCACUAACUCUGCAUCCAGACAAGAAUAAAGAUGAAAAUGCAGAAACUCAAUUUAGACAAUUGGUGGCCAUUUAUGAAGUUUUAAAGGAUGAUGAACGAAGGCAGAGGUAUGAUGAUAUUCUGAUCAAUGGACUUCCAGAUUGGCGACAGCCUGUAUUCUACUACAGGCGGGUGAGAAAAAUGAGCAAUGCUGAGCUGGCAUUACUUUUGUUCAUUAUUCUCACAGUGGGUCAUUAUGCUGUGGUUUGGUCAAUCUACCUGGAAAAACAACUGGAUGAACUGCUCAGUAGAAAAAAGAGAGAAAAGAAAAAAAAGACAGGCGGCAAGACUGUGGAUGUAUCAAAACUUGGUGCUUCAGAAAAAAAUGAAAGAUUACUGGUGAAACCGCAGUGGCAUGAUUUGCUCCCCUGCAAGCUGGGAAUUUGGUUUUGCCUUACACUAAAAGCAUUGCCUCAUCUAAUCCAGGAUGCUGGGCAGUUUUAUGCUAAAUAUAAAGAAACAAGAUUGAAGGAAAAGGAAGAUGAAUUGACAAGAGCUGAACUUGAAACCCUUCAAAAACAGAAGAAAGUUAAAAUAAAAAAACCAAAACCUGAAUUUCCUGUAUAUACGCCUUUAGAAAGUACAUAUAUUCAAUCUUAUGAUCAUGGAACUUCUAUAGAAGAAAUUGAGGAGCAAAUGGAUGACUGGUUAGAAAAUAGGAACAGAACACAGAAAAAACAGGCACCUGAAUGGACAGAAGAGGACCUCAGCCAGCUGACAAGAAGUAUGGUGAAGUUCCCAGGAGGGACCCCAGGUCGAUGGGAAAAGAUUGCCCACGAAUUGGGUCGAUCCGUGACAGAUGUGACAACCAAAGCCAAGCAGCUGAAGGAUUCAGUUACCUGCCCCCCAGGGAUGGUCAGGCUCUCGGAACUCAGAUCCACAGCUCAGAGCCCCAGGCCCACCAGGCCCACCGCAGCCUUGCCGGACAGCAUCAUCACCCAGCGGGAAGAGGCCCAGUCGGCCACGGAGGAGGAGGAGGCGGCGGCCGAGCCGGGGGCAGAGGCCGCGGAGGAGAGCCGGCCGCGGAGGCGGAGGCCCGCCCGGCCCCCCGAGCCGGAGGAGCGCGUCCGGGGGAAGAGGCAGAAGGACUUCGACCUGUCAGAGCAGCAGUCCAGUGACGAGGAGAGCCAGCAGAGAGCGCGCGCGCGCGCCGCAGAGGAGCCCUGGACUCAGAACCAACAGAAGCUUCUGGAACUAGCGCUGCAGCAGUACCCGAGGGGAUCCUCUGACCGCUGGGACAAGAUAGCCAAGUGUGUCCCGGCCAAGAGCAAGGAAGACUGUAUCGCCAGAUACAAGCUGCUGGUUGAACUGGUUCAAAAGAAAAAACAAGCUAGAAGCUGAAUCCUCUGGAAGAUGUUUACCUCCAUUUUCCAAAAGGAUUAUUUUUAAAAUCUUAUGCAGAAAUUUACAUUUUGUACCUCAGUAUUUCUAUACGUCAUGUGCC